GAGUCAGCUCGGCUUUUCAUUAUGUCUGCGAAACUACUUUACAGCCGAUCGACACUUUUGUGGCCGAUCCUUGCACGACGGUCAAUCUGGUGGUGUGCUGCAGCUUUAGUUUAUGGCUGGAUGGUUGGAUAUGUAGCAUCAUGCAAGAAGUCGUCUGCAUAGCAGCUCUCUUAUGUUUGAUGCAUGGAUCAGUACCCUUGGAUCAGUUGUCGUGCAAGAAACGGCUGGAAACUGUCGUGCCUAAAGUAGUUUCGUUCUGUUUAUAUUACUCCCUCCGUUAAGAUCUUACAUUAUGGGACGGAGGAAGUAGUUAUCUAAUUUUUUAUUAGAAGUUGACCCGUUUAGUUAUGUGGGUGAUCUUUUUACAGGAUUACAACAAUUUAAAUAAACGUUCUGUCAUGAUUGUUUUGAUUGUUUAUAAAACUUUUUGUUGAGGAUAAAUCAUGUAGGUCAUUUUAUGGCCUCUUGGUGUUAAAUUUCAUGAAGUACUUAUGGGAGAUAUUUGGACUCUCUUGAACAGAUAUAUUUUGCAUCAUAUUAUAAUACUUAUUAUUUUAUGAAGUAGCACUAUUUGAAAACUAAGUCGUAUUACUUGACUUUAGUUUCAUAGGGCAUAUUUAGAACAAAAUUAGCUGUUAUUUUAGUAGAUUGAGAAUUGAAUAAUGAUGAUAUAAGAAAUCUGGAUCAUUAGGCAUGACACAUAUUCACAUGGCUCAAUAACAAUGACUCACUAAAGAGAAAUAAGAUUUAAAAUGGAUGUUCCUAUUAUAGAUUAUGACGUGCGUCGCACGUGCAAGUCUACUAGUUUAAAUCUAACGAUCGAAGAGGCAAAACCUAAUUAAGUCGCUGGAAGAAAGGUAUGUUGUAAUUAGUGCCAUGGAUCAUGGCAUAUUCCAUUGGUAGCACUCUAUAAAUACAGCUCCUCCCUCUCAUUAUCUCACAGCAUUGGAAGCCAAUUCUCUUAAUCCUAUCUUAUUUCCCCUGUCCAUCCCCCAGCAGCUUAAUUAGCCAUGGCUCAGGCCUACUACCAAACCGCUCCUGUCGAGUGUCCUCUCCAGCGAACCGAGCUUUACAUGCACCUCUUCUUGCGCCAAGCUGCUGCUGGACCAAACCGUAACCAAGCCGAAAUACUCAACCCAAAAGUGCAACCUAGCGGGUUUGGUGUGACCGCGGCUAGCGAUUGGACCAUAGCUGACGGGCUUGAGCCCAGCGCAAAGAUUGUCGCCCGUGCAAAGGGCUUCCACAUGCAGACCGGCAUUACCAAUACCAGCUGGUACACUUCCUUCAACAUGGUGUUUGAGGAUGAGAGGUUUAGCGGGUCUACUCUCCAAGUGAUGGGGGUUACUCCAUCAGAUGGUCAGUGGGCCAUUUCUGGUGGAACUGGAGAAUUUGCUUUGGCACAUGGUAUCAUCAAGCAGAAAGUAGUCCAGGGUAAUGCAGAUGAAAAUGUUAAAGAACUUCAUGUGCAUGCGUUCUACACUAAAAUGAACACUUCAGUGGUAAGUCAAAUGUUUUGGAUCUUGUACAUACCUUUCUGUUCAUCUACUUCAUUGUAUAUAUAUAUAUCAAAUGAAUUAGUACUACCAAUCCGCCAAAAAAAAAAAGAAUUAGUACCACCAAGCCUCGACCCAAAUACACCUUUCAUGUUGUUCUAUAUGAUUCAAUAUAAAUUGAAAAUUUAAGUUAUCUAUGAUAAGCUUGACGUGCAUGUGGUAGACAGCUUAAUUAGGUCCCAUCAAAUCACUGGAUCAUCAAGGCGAACUAGGUGUUUUUUAUUAUCCAAAGUCAAAGUUAAUGGACUUAUUCUACUUAAUUUGUAAUGUUCUUCUGUAGGUUCCUGGUGCAACUGAUGGAAAGUCCUGGACACUUGGAGCUUGAAAUUGUGCAUGGAUUGCCAUGUAAAAGUGUAUUGCUCACGAAGUGCCAUGGCUUUAUACUUUGGGCACUCUACACAACAUUUAAAUUUCUAUUUUCUAAAAUAAUGUAGUUGUACUAAAUCCUACUUAUGUAUUUCCAGGAGUCAGUCCGUGAUUUGGGCCCAGUUCU